AAUUGUAUAAGUUGGAGGGCAAAAAUAUAAUUAAGCCAUUUAUUUAUCUAUCCCCAGUCGUCGUCAUUCGACGGAUCCCAGCACACCACACUCCAGCAGCGGCGGCAAACACCAGUCACUCGCUCCGUCUCUAUUUUCGUCCACUCUCCUCAAGGGUUUGGCACUAUCUCAUCAUUUUAGACCAAAACAAUGGCUUUAUUUGUUUCCACCGAUUGUUUCCUUCCUGCACUUAAGUCUCAGCUUGGAUUUGUGCAACAUGAAGGCCAAAAUCGUUCUUGUGGCAAUAUUAACCUCUUGCAUCUUCGAAAAGCGCCUAAAAGCCCGUUUUUGCUUUCCGCACCAGCUUUAGAAAUUAAGCCACAUGUUCAGAGCAAGGGUCGAUCAUCUUUUUCACAGACAGCUGCUGUCAAGCAUCUGACGGGCUCUGUUACCAAAACUCAGGGACUUCGUUUUGCCGUUGUUGUUGCACGGUUUAAUGAAAUAAUCACCAGACCGCUCUUGGAGGGAGCUUUGGGUACUUUCAAGAAUUAUUCAGUUCAAGACGAAGACAUUGAUGUUGUGUGGGUUCCUGGCGGUUUUGAAAUUGGCGUUGUUGCAACAAGACUUGGUAAAUCAGGCAAAUAUCAUGCAAUCGUAUGCAUAGGAGCUGUGAUACGAGGAGAUACAACUCACUAUGAUGCAGUUGCUAAUUCAGCAGCAUCUGGAGUGCUUUCAGCUGGUCUUAACUCAGGUGUUCCAUGCAUAUUUGGAGUCCUAACUUGUGAGAACAUGGAUCAGGCUAUAAAUCGAGCUGGUGGAAAAUCUGGGAAUAAGGGUGCUGAGGCUGCAUUGACUGCUAUUGAGAUGGCAUCUUUGUUCGAGCAUCAUCUGAAGUAGUAGUAUUUUGGAACAGUGGGAUAGUCCCUAUUUUCAUCUCCAGAAUGGUCAUGUUCUUGUUCAACGGUAUUCAUAUCUUCUCAAACUACUGCUGGUUAUAAAUAAGCAAAAGAGUAGUGUUUUUUCCUCCCAUUAAUUUAUGUUUUUGUAUGGGCACUGUUGUGUGGUGUUCAGAGAUGGGAAGAAAUUUCAUGUAACAAAAAUAACUUUGCAGAAUAGCAUUUCUUUCCUUUUUUUUCUUUUCCUCAAACUUGUCUAUUGUUUGUGGUCAUUUUGUUAUUAGAAUUUUUAUUCACGGAUAUAUCAGAGAGCAAAGUUCAUGUCCUCAUUUAUACAUGAA